AUGUCUCCUCCGUCUUCUACUGACGCAAGUAGGGCAGCAAACUCGACGCUACGACAUCCACCACCUGCGUCUUCGUCUCCUCUAUCCAUUCAUGCCACUCCUCCGUCUCCUUGGUCCUCUGAAGCCGCGUCCGUCGCUUCCGACGCCAGCGCGUUUUCUCCUCAUUCGAGUUCCGACGACUCUUCUGACCAUUCCUCAGCUGCGAGGCGCGUCAAACACUCCCAUUUCAACCAGCACAAUCAGCAAGAGAUGCCGAUAAAACGUCGGCGCUUGACGCGAGGAGACGCUCGUGCACGUACUCGACAAGGUGCAGACGACGAGGCAGACGGAGCAGCUGAAAAGCACGCGAGCUUUGCCAAAACUUGCAAGCGGUUGAUCCAGAAGAGGUGUAGCAGCAAUAGCUACAAGGAGGAGGAAGAAAAUGGGGAUACGAGGAAGACCAUGAUGGUGACGACCACGACGCGGCGAGGUGACCGGAACGCGGCAGCGACGACGUGGGCAGACGACGGCAGUUGGGAUCUGUACCGACGUCGGCUGCAUGAGAUGCGGCGCGAAUUGCAAGAAUCGGUGACUCAAGGUAGAAAAACGUUUUAUAAUAAUCCAGAGCCACUUGUCGACUCUGUGGACACAGAAGGAGGAGGACUAAACAAGGACGUGAAAGGUCAGCGAGAGGACGACGAAGAUGAGAAGAAGGUGGAGGCUGGACCGACGUAUUAUUCGCCAUGGGACGUUACUGAGACGGCGUCAGGGCUUCUGGUACCAAGUUACGUGCUGGCGCAGCUGCUCCCGCACCAACGCGAGUGUCUCGAGUGGCUGCACAAAUUGCACGAACGAGGAGUUGGCGGGAUCGUGGGGGAUGAUAUGGGACUCGGGAAAACCGUGCAGCUAGCGUCAUUUGUGGGAUCGUUGCAUCGUGCCCGAAGGCUACGGACAGUAUUGCUGUUGUGUCCAGCCUCAGUGUUGCUGCAGUGGGUUCGGGAGUUGCACAAAUGGACGCCUUGGAUGCGUGUCGUGCUGCUUCACGCAUCAGGGACAGGUGUCAAUACGUCAUUUUCGAGUGAGUGUUACGAGCGGCUGAUCGAAGAAACGUUUUGCUAUAAAAAUGGCGAGUCGGAUGGUGAAGUGGACGAAAUGGGAGAGCAUGCACCAACAGGCGGUGGUGUGGUCAUUAGCACGUACGAAAAUGUGCGACAGUAUCAGAGCUUGUUUCUUACGCGCGAAUGGGAUUAUGUCGUGCUGGACGAAGGACACCGUAUUCGCAAUCCAGAUGCUGAAACGACGCUUGCUUGCAAACAGUUGCGCACGAUCCAUCGCAUUAUUCUCUCCGGUACACCGAUUCAGAAUCGGCUUCGGGAGCUUUGGUCACUGUUUGACUUCGUCUAUCCCGGACGCUUGGGUACAUUACCAACGUUUGACGACGAGUUUGUGCUGCCUAUUCGAGCGGGAGGAUACGCGACAGCAACUAAGAUGCAGGUGUUGAUGGCGUACAAGUGUGCACUGGCCUUGAAAGACCUCAUUCGGCCGUUUCUACUCCGUCGCACGAAGCAAGAGAUUCUAACUAAUGAUGCUGGCAAUGGAACGUGUGCAUUACUUCCCAAGAAACAAGAGCAGAUAAUAUUUUGCCGGCUUACAGCGCGACAGCGUGCACUGUACAAGCGUUUCCUGGCCUCUUCAGAAGUCGCAAAGGUGUUGCGCCGAGACAUUCGACCGUUUCGAGCCAUAUCUGUGCUGCGACACAUCUGCAACCACCCAGACUUGCUGGCAUCGUUUGGCGACGGAAAACUGGCUGACAAAAGACGGCAAACUUUUGAGGACGAUGACGACGAUGAAUUUGCUAGCAUUGAUGUGUCGUUCAUCGAAACGGAUGGAGACAAAGAAGAAGACGAAAGCGACGAACCGUUUGGUGCUGCAUCGGCUAGCGGAAAAAUGGUUGUUCUACAGAAGGUGUUAUUAAUGUGGAAGGCGCAGGGCCACCGGGUGCUAAUCUUUUCUCAAACGCGCUGUAUGCUGGACAUCUUAGAAAGCUUUAUGGCAAGGCUCAGCCUUACAUACACUCGUCUUGAUGGUACAACGGGUGUGCAAGAGCGACAACAGCGUCUCGACGCUUUCAACGCUUCCGACAGCAAACUAUUUGCGUUCCUAUUGACGACUCGCGCUGGUGGUAUUGGUGUAAACUUAGUCGGCGCCGAUCGUGUUGUAGUGUUCGAUCCUGAUUGGAACCCGUCAACGGACGUCCAAGCUCGCGAACGUGCUUGGCGCAUCGGGCAGCAGAAACCCGUGACUGUGUUCAGACUCGUUACCGCUGGAACGAUUGAAGAGAAGAUCUAUCACCGACAGAUAUUCAAGCAGUAUCUCACUAGCAAGGUGUUGCACGAUGCUAAGCGUAAACGCUGCUUUAAUAAGCACUCGUUGCGAGAACUGUUUGUGCUUGGAGACGAAAAAGAAGAAGAGGAUGGAGUUGCAGAAACAAACGAAAUGUUUGUUGCUGGUAACGUCGUGCGACCUACCGAAGCGGAUGAUGGUAUAGGCGAAGGCGAACAAACAAGUGACGACAAAGUUGACACGGAUGCUGGUGACAACGAAGUCGUGCUGAAACAAUUGUUCGACGGGGGCGACGUCCGCGGCGUGUUUGAUCACUCGGCGGUUGAAUCUGAUGGCGUGCAGAACCAAGAAGCAGAUCUCGUGGAGAUGGAGGCGACAAAGAUUGCUCAAGGAGCGCUAAGUGCACUUCGAGCAUCCGGCGCUCUUGUGCGGCAGCAGCGGGAGACUGUGUAUACACCAACGUGGACAGGUCGAUCAGGUGCUGCUGGUGAUCCAUCUCAACGGCGUCAGCAACCAGCUGUUCGGUCUUGCGGUAAACUACAAGGUCGAGCAGGUCAAGGCCGUGGUCGAGGAGGUCAAGGCCGUGGUCGAGGAGGUCGUGGUAACGGGAUCUCGUCGCACGAGAUGCUUGCAAGGAUCAAACAAAGACGCGAUGGUGUUGCGACUCAGCCGAUGCCAGUCCCACUUCAAUCCCAUUCUGAAGCAUCCGGUACCUCGCAGUCUCCUGGUAGCUCUGCAUCCAUUGGUGCAAGUGAGAUGGCGAAGCGUUUGCACGCUUUUCUUGCUGCGAAUGCGGUGACAGGCGUGACAACUGAACGUCUUUUGGAGGCUUUCGGCAACGUUGUUGGACCAAAGGACAAGCUUGUUUUUCGACAUGUCUUACGUGAUCUGGCCGUGUGUCGUGGUCGUCGAUGGACACUAAAGUCGUCGAACUCGGGUGCUUCCAAGUCGUAG